GGUAAAUAUUGCUACGACUUCGGUCCUGGCCAUAGUCGUUGACCACAGCUAGCCUGCCUUUGACCUCAGUCUCUGCUUUAAGAAACGGCCUCUAAAAAGGGACAAGUCACUGCUAUAAGAUCUUCAUGCUUAUGAUUGAUAUGGAUAUUACACCCGGUGAGGCGGCGAUUCGAUGGUGGACGUGGCCGACCAACAGUCCAGCAAGCGCUCGGGCAAUGUGGCCGCUGGUAAUGGCCGCGUGUUCGCGCACACCGGCGUCAACCCUACGGUGGAGCCGGGGCUGAACGUCCCUGCAGUUGCCUUCAACGCCAGUACAGCGGCGGUGCUGUGGGAGCAGCCGGGGCUGGUGGGCUCGUGCGGUCCGGGCGGCAUACAUGCAGGUGCUGCCGCAGCGGGGCGCCGUGUUGCUGGGGCUGACCAGCUCGUGGGGCGGAGCCACGCCCCCAUACAGGUUCACAUGCCCCGGCUGCUGUCCGCAGCUGUGGACCCUGCCCAUGGGCGGCCGCUUCUGCGCCUCGACGCCCCAGUACCUGCCUGGUUCGGACCUGCUGCUGCUCGCCGCCCUGUCAGAGGACCGCAGAUCACUGGAGCUCACGACUCUGCCCGCGGCCCUGGGCCGCACCUGCCCGCAGCGGCCCGCAGAGCAGGACACGGGCGCUGCGGCGUGGAAGUCUGCUGCGUGCGGUCUGGACUCCAUCUGGCCGGGGUCCCCGCUGGUGUCGGGCGGCGUGGUGUACUUGAUCUGUGCAACCUCGGUGAGCAGCGCUGGUUCGUGUGUGAUGGGACAGUGUCAAGGCAGGUUGGUAAAGUCCCGUAGGGUGCAGCUGAUUCCCAGAACCCAGCAGAUGACAAACAAUAUGCAACGGCAGGGCAGGAGUACGCGGCCGGUCGAACGCCGGAGUUACUGUACCGACGAGUUGCUGGCUGGCUGGAAUGCGCAUUCCUCACGCUCCGGGCGCCCGGCCAGGCGAUAGCACCACACAGACACACCGCAACGCCACACUCGCGAGGCAGUGCCGCAUUCCCCUCAUGUGAGCAGCGCUGGUGUGUGCAUGUGCGCGGUAUGAGCACGUGUGAGCACUGGUGCCACGGUAGUGAAGGGUCUGCUAGGUCUUUACCGCAUGCUGCGCAAGAUGCUGCGUGCUGUACGGUAUCCUCGCCUGCGGUUCAUCCUCCCUCGUGUCAUGACAUUUGCCCAUAACAUGAUGCUUAUGGGGCACGCCCCAUGGAUCGCUUGGCGGUCCGCUAGUGUGCCAUUCGAUUGGGCCAGGGCGUGCUGGGGAAGUGCAGCUAGCCAGAAACUUGGAACCGUGACGACCCGUGCGCAGAACUUGGUUCUGACCGCCAUCCGGCGGGCCGCUGAGUGUACAUCACAUGCUUCUACAC